CAGCUCGAGCUUUAAAGGGAACAAAGUGAGAAGACCAACGGUGUCUCUGUUGCAAUUUUGAAACUGGAUCAGUGGAUCAGCCUGGAUUGGCUGGGCUCGUGUUUGAGGCGUGCCACGGAAACAGGCCAACAUGAGCUCCUAUCACGAGGAUCCUGUGGAUCGCUAUACAGCCCCGGCGGCCCCUCGCUUAUCUUCGGGCCAUAGUCCCCAUUUUUCGGCCGGCGGAUCCUCGGUUCGCCGACGAUCGCCACAUUCCGGAGAUCGGCGAACCUCGCGUCGUUCUCGAUCGCCCCGAAAUUCCGGCCGAAUGGCGGAUGAUUGGACUCGGAGCACGGAUGCGUUUCUGGACACGUUGACCAAAAGCCGAGGAUCCUUUGGUACGUCACCACCUCAGGCAACCUACAACGCCAGGUCGCGCUCGAAUCUGCCCAAUCAAGUUCCGCUACUGGAUUUCAACGACGAUCGGAGGUCCCCUUCAGGUCUGCCCCGCAAAUCCAGAAGCAAAUCACGAAGCCCAUCUAACAAGAAAAGCCACCGAUCUGCAUCUUCAAGCUCGGACGAGAGUGCUCCCAAAUCAUCAGAAGUGGUCAUGUCGAAAGACGAGCACGACAAAUUAAAGGCCCAAAGGCAACAGUAUCGAGAAGCCAUGAGGAAACUUGAAGACCAGCUCAUGAAAUUGAAGGAACAACGAGAAACAUUCAAAGCGGGUGGAGCCAAACAUGAAGAUCUUAUCAUGAAGGAAAAUGCCAGGAUCCAGAAAGAACUCAAAGCUCGAAUUCUAAAGAUGGGUGAAAUCAUCGGGCAAGUCGAGUCGACCCUGGAACGAGCCGUCGUUCAAGUGGUGUCUAAAACGCGAUCCAGAAGUGGAAGCAUUUCGCCCGUGCCCAAGAAGCCCAAGAAGCGAGCUCAAAGUCGGAGUCCUCGGGUUGAAGAACGGGAACCCGAAACCAAGAUGAGGGGCAAUAAACAUUCGGAUCAUCGAGCUCCUUCGACCUCUAGCGAAGACGAGAGUAAAGCCAAGACGAACUCCAAUGGAUCGAGCAAGAAGAAGAGGAAGAAGAGAUCUAAGAAUUCGUCUAGCUCAGCCGCAGAAGAAUCGGAUUCCGAGUCCAAGCGCCGAAAGAAGAAACGAAAGAAGGACAAGAAACGAUCUACCUCAUCUUCAGAGUCAGAAGGAUCGGAUAUGGAGACCCAAGCGAAGAAAAAAUCGACCGCUAAAGGGGAAGGGAGUGCUCGAAUCACGCCUUCGAAUCCUCGAGACAACGAUGAGCUCAUGGCUCUCUUGGCCAAGAUGUCGGAUGCAUUCAUGAAGUCCAAAAAGGAUUGCAAAGAACUUCAAGCCCGAAUCAACUUACUCGAGUCCGAGAAUAUCGUCUUGAAGAAACAAGUCAAGGAGCUUCGAACCAGGGAAGAGGAACGUAUUGCCGCUGAUCAAGCCCGACAAGAGCGAGAGAUCCAAGAACAAGCGGAGAAAGAACGCUCGCAAAUUAUGGAGAAAGCUCAUCUUUUGCUAUUGGACAACGUAGGAACAGCUUCUCGCACGGAAGAGCACAGAGGAGGGCCUCGAACCGAAGACCACAAGUCGUUGAAAGAUCCGGAACGUAGACAUGAGGUGGAGCGAGCGGAGACGGCGGCCAAAGAGUCCGACCGCCGAUCUGACCGUCCUGAGCGGCACUCCAGAAGCAGUCCCGGUCGACGAAGAUCGAGUCGUGAGCGAGAAGAACGGAGGCGAGAUAGGUCCAGACGAGAUGAAAGUCCACGAAGAGAGCGAUCCCGCAAAGACGACAGUCCGAAAAGAGAUCGCUCUCACCGAGAGACCCGCAAAGACGCGCCCGAAGCGCCGAGACCACCGCCGCCCCCGCCGCCGCCGAAGUCGGAUCGAAACGAUAAGAUCAACCUGGACGAUUGGGUGUCUCAGCCGCAGAUGAAAGAGCGGGUCGAUCCCAAUCUGGAAUCGAUUCGGGCCAAGGUCAUGGAGAAGAGGCAGAAAAUGCAAGACGAGGACAAGAGAAGUCGAUGGGCCACCGUGUAUCAAACCGAAGAGUCGCAUCCCGUGCCGCACCCGAAGCCCGUGGAGCCCGAGCGGGCCAAGACCCCCGAGGACCAAAAACUGCCCGAGGGGCCCCGAGCUCAUGUGGCUCUUCAAUGGGGUAGCCACAGUAAGAAGGCCACGUCCCCUUCCCCAGGGAGUAAGAAGGCCAAUGCUCCGGUCAUAGGAAAGAUGCCGGGUCGCUCUAAGCGUUCCAGCAUCACGCCUCAACGAACCAGUGCUCCGCCUUCCGAAGAAAGGGAAAUGCCCAAAGCCACCCGAUUUGGUCCCAGAAGCGACUUGAAGAGUAUUCCCCCGCCCACGGUGGUCCAGCCUCAUCCCGACCAACUUCACCACCAAUCGGUUGGUGCUCCCGCCUCGUCGGCCCCCUCGUCGUCGUCGUCGUCGUCGUACGGGAUCACAAGGGAAAUGUAUAUGCAGGCCAUCACCGCCACCAUGCCCACUGAACCGCCCCCUCCUCAAGAGGCAUUGGCCAUGCGUUAUCAGCAAGCUCAACAGCCUCCCAAGAACCCGACUCCGCAGCCCAUCGAUAUCAGCUCCAUUCUGGCCGCUGCUCAGCAACACAUUCAGAGCAAGGUCGCUCAAAUGAGGACUCCCAAGCCAGUCAUGAUGAAGAUUCCCUCACAUCAAAACCUGGACACACCCGCCGAUAUCCCGUUGCCGCCUUUACCCGCCGCUGUGGACAAGGACGAAAUGGCCGGCCUGGACACCCGCCCGCCCAAAGUCCCCACACCUCCAAUGCCUGUCCCCAAGACGGAAUUGGAUUACAUGAUGGAGAAGCACGCCAGUCCGAAACGAGCAUCGACCCCACCUUCGGCCAAGACUACCAAGCCAUCGCCUUUUGAGACCGAGGACUCCAUUGAAAUGGAUCCGGAAGAGUUGGCUAUGCUUGGCAUCGAUCCCAAUGACCUCACUGGCUUUGGUGCUAAGAAAUGAAGACAUGACAGCUAAUAAUGGGAUUUGAUAAUGCUUGGGCAAACACAAUGAUGCAUCAUUAAAGCCGUCUCUUCAUCAACAAACUUAUCUCUUGGUCUUUUAUCUUAUUCUCGUAUGUCGAUGUUUUUGGCGAAUUUUUGAGCUCAAGAGCGUCGAAUCUUGUGACGUUAAAGUGAAGUGAAUUAACAGGAUCUGACUCAA